GCUGCUAUUACAAAAAAUGUGACUUUUUAUAUAAAAAAACACGUUAUGAAAUACCUUAUUUUAUGUAACGAGUAAAUGUUUGGGGAACGAGCAGAGCGAGCUCCCGCAAAAUGAACGAGUUUCAUAAAUAGCAAUUGUAUGGCAAGUCUUAGAGCUAUCACAUACUUUUGCCGUUUUUAAGUUGUAACGUGCACCCCCGUUUUGUUAUAAAAAUAUACACUGCAUAGACUAGGUUUUUCAUGAAUUCAUAAUUAAUAGGUACACCGUACGUCUAGCCUAUCUGUGUCUGUAACGUUUUGAAGGUGAAAACACUUAGGCCUCACUAGGCCCAUUAUGCAUCCUCCUAAUUUUAUAUAGGCACCUCUUAGAUCGUGAGCCAGACUGCAGAUUUACGUCUAGCCUAAAUUUCGACUUUCUAUUUUCAGAUUAAAAUGUCUCAAAAGAAAAUAAAAACUUCCUUUAUUUGGAAUUUUUUCACGGAAAAGCCCAAUACGGAUUCUUUGGCAGUUUGCAACAUUUGUAAGCAAACAUUAAGCUAUAAAUCUAGUUCCAAUAAUUUAAAGAAGCAUAUAACUAGAAAGCACCCGACUAUUAAUAUAAAUUUAGCUUCAAAAAGUCAUAUAAAUCGUUCUCGCUCCCGAUCUCCAAUAAAUUCCAAAUCUACAGUUCAGACUGAGCCUCAACCAUCAACAUCCCGUGAAGCUAACAUUGCAGUAGCUAAUGAUGAUGCUAUCGAUAAGGCAAAUUUAGAAAACAAAAAACACUCAUCCCAAUUAACAGUUACCUCUUUUUUGAAAAAGAAAAUGGGUCCUUCUUUUAGAAAAAAGAUUGAUGAAUGUCUGAUUAUUAUUAUUAUUUUAUUAUUCACACAUGAUUUCCAACCAUUUUCGGUUGUUGAAUAUUACGGUUUUAAGAAAUUCGUGUCAGCAUUAAAUCCGUCAUACGAAUUGCCUUCCAGAAAGACCAUUUCAAAUACGUAAUUGCAAGCACAUUAUGAAGAAGCCUACAAUGAGUGCACAAACUUAUUAAAUAAAGUUGAAGCCGUCACCCUAACAACGGAUUGUUGGACCUCUAAAAAUUGUGAAAGUUUUAUGGCGGUUACAGCACAUUUUAUAAAUAACGACUUUGAACUUCAGAGUGUAUAAAGCUGCAACGUCCGCGAAAGGCUUCUAGUUUUUCAUCUAUUGUUAUAUAUUCCCCCAAAGAAUAAAUUUCCUUACAAUUACUAACAAAUUUUUCAAAAAUUACCCUGAUUGCAGCCAAUUUGUCAGUUUGCUUUCGAUGUUCCCUGGUGUCACGAUCAUCAAACCGAAUGCAACGUAACAAAAAUAAAAAUCUUUUAUAGCUCAUAAAUUGCCUUGUGAUUUCAAAUCCACUUUCAGCGUCCCACAUUUCUUCAACAUUGCAAUGAUUGUUUCUUUUAGCGCCUAUAAAAUAUAAUAAUCCAAGAAGUGCUGCAAUCUCAUUCUUUGUAGUAAUUCUUGCAUCACGAGCUCUUUGGUAUUCUACUGUUCUUUUUUGUCAUUUAUGUAAAGAUUAGUACACUUCACAACCUCCUCAAUUAUAAAUGAGUCAAGAAUCAAUUCCAACGCAGAAAUUUCGGAUGUAAGUCCUCUAACGGCUUGUUUUGGUACAGGGUGAAUUUUCAACAAAUUCUUGUUUUUUUAUUUUAGAGAUGGUUGACACAUUCGUCUUGUACCAUUUUGUGGCUUUGUCAUUAGCCAAAAAAAAAAAAUUGGCAUCUGGAGCUAUUUCAUUGUCCGAAUCCGAUUUCGAGUUCUCAUUCUCCGUGCACUCUUUUUCAGAAUUUGAAACGUCAUCACUGUGAGUCACAAUUUCCUCCUCUUCAGACAUGUCUUCAUAUUCAAUAGGUAGUUCAUCAUCUGAUGAUUCUUCUAGGACAAUCACUCGUAAUUCUUCUUCCGUUAAGUAUUUUCUAGCACUACAAUAAUAAAAAAUAAAAUUGUAAUAUAAUUUACAAUUAUUAUUCAUUACAUUACAACAAGAAAAUAACAAACAUAACAACAAAAUCAAAAAAUAAAUAUAAAUAAAACUACUUACAUGACAAGGCGCGAGGUGCACUCAGUGCGCCAGUUAGAGCAGGUCUAAGAAAAUAAUAUUUUAACAUAUACACGCUUGGGUUUUAAAAGUACACUACUGUCUCGAUAUAAGCACAAUGAACCACUAGUGGAAUACCUUAAGC